AGUCCCUACUUUAUCCCACUCCACUGCUCCCUGUCACCCUCCACAUCCACGGAGAGCAGGAGAGGAAACCUGCUCCUGGAGGCUGAACUUCCCCUCAAACAGGCGGAUCGGAGCGGAGCGCGUCUUCCAGCCCGGAGGCUCCCAGCGGCUCAGCCGCCUCUCCUUUCCGCUCUGCGCGGAGCUGCUGGCGGCUGCACCGAGCUCCCACUCACCGGGACAGCGCUCCACGCAGGAGAGAGACUUUGGGGCUGAUAACAGAAGAGCACCUCACCCAGCAGAGUCAACUAACUCCUGAACGAGUUUCAACACAGAUGCAAACCUACUACUCUUCGACUAAAGCAUCUCUUUAGAAGAAAACAUGGGAGGCUUCAACUGACAUUUAGGAAUUAAAGCUUCACUUCUGCAAAAGUUUUCCUCCAAGUGACUCUGAAGGCGACAACAUGACUCUAGCCAAACGGAGAAAAUUCAGGACUUUUGCUCUCCUCCUUUGCGUCAUCACCUUCACAACGCUCCUGUUCAGCUACACCUUAAGGGACCCCUCACUCUGCUUUUUCCGGUUCGCGUUCCGGCUUUCGGAUAUCUUCUUCUCCAAAGGGCCCUGCUCCUGUCAACGGUGCAUCGCAGCUCUGGAAGGAGACCCGUGGUUUGCAGAGCGAUUCAACCUGUCCAUUCACCCUCUGAUGACCAGAGAGAACAGCGUCCUCUCCGAGGAGACCUUUAAGUGGUGGCAGUGGUUGCAGUCAGAGAGGCAGCCGGCUAACCUCACAGAGGUGGUGGAGGAGCUGUUCCAAGUCAUCCCAGAUGAGGUCCUUUACACGGACCCCAGUCCCGUGCGCUGCAGGACCUGUGCAGUGGUGGGGAACUCUGGGAACCUGAAGGGCUCUCAUUAUGGGGGCCUGAUCGACUCCAGUGAUUUCAUCAUAAGGUGA